ACAAGCACUGUGUCGCUGAAAAGCCCGCGUUGCUUGUGUUUACAAAUUUUCAUAUCGUCAUUCUUGGAGUUUAUUUUAGAAGUAAAUCUAUUGUAUUUUGUAUUUCAAAUGGAAACGGUGCCUUGCCUCCGCGUGUCUCGUUGCCGUGCUCAGCAACUCAGGCAACAGCUCCAACCCCUAGAUUUCCUAGAUCGAAGUUUAUGUAUAGUGAACGAGCCUGCUGGGACUGUCCUUCUGCCCAUUUUACCUUCAUCUUUACCACGACUGGAUGUGACGUUUCUAAAAGAAGUGGCAACGGUUUGGUGCGAGCCUUCUCUGCUGUCCAAGAAAGAGAGAGGCCAGAGGAGAGGUGACGAGCUCGAGAAUUUCCUCCAGGAGUUGGUGGAAGCUCAUGGAGAAAGUUGGACGAAGGAGUUGAGGGAGGAUCUGCCCCGCAGCUUCCAGCGGCAUGGAGAUUUAGUCCUGCUGGGGCACAACUGUUUCUCCCUGCCUCUAUGGAAGAAAAUGGAUCAACGGCUGUGGCGCGCGGUAGCCAAAGGCCUGGGAGCCAAACGACUGGCGAAGAUGAGUCGAAUAUCCAGCGACGGCUUCCGAUCUCCUCGAGUGACCGUGCUGCUGGGAGAGCGGAGCUGGGUCAAACAUGUGGACAAUGGCAUUACGUACGAGUUUGAUGUCACCAAAUGCAUGUUUUCUGCUGGAAAUAUUACAGAGAAGCUGCGAGUUGCUGCAUUCGACUGCCGGGGCGAGACAGUGGUUGAUUUAUAUGCAGGUAUAGGAUACUUCACACUUCCAUAUUUGGUCCACGCGAAUGCGGCACAUGUCCACGCCUGCGAGUGGAACCCACAUGCGGUCGAGGCUCUGCGUAAAAACCUACCGGCCAACGGAGUACAGGGCCGCUGCACAGUUCACCCAGGGGACAAUCGACAAGUCCAGCUGUGCAACGUUGCAGACCGGGUGAACCUGGGUCUCAUACCGAGCUCUGAGGACAGCUGGCCAGUCGCCUGCCGCCUGCUGAAGAAAACGACUGGCGGUGUUUUACACAUACAUCACAAUGUCACGUCACCGAACACCGCUGCCUCCCAAGAAAGGGAUGACGUGGACUACAGCGUAUCUGGGAAGAGAGCCGACAGAGAGGCGUGGCGGGCCUGGGCUGAUGAUGCCACGAACCGCAUCGCGUGUCUCUUGAAAGAACUCACCGCUACCGUGUGGCGAACCAACAUCCAACACAUUGAGCAUGUGAAGUCAUAUGCGCCUCGUGUACAUCAUGUUGUGCUGGACUUGGAGUGCAGACCGGCCUGAAUGGAGAUAAAAAAUGGGGGGGACUAUUCCUUCGAUUCAGUGUCAUUCAAGAGACGGACGGUUAAGAGUUUUACUUGAGCUGACUUUAUUAUCGAACAGCACUAGAAAAUGGCAAAUUCACUGGGGCACCAUAUAGUGGAUAGGGAGUGAUUCUGAUCACAGCCUCAGUGUUUCUUCGCUCUAAUUCCCCAAAUCUACAUGUGGGUAUUCAAAAAUACAACACGCUUGUUGUUGUUUUUUUUCUUUCCUAUUUUUAUGUAUUGGGGUGGACAGGUUAGCCUGUGUGCCUCACAGUUCUGAAGUUCAGGGUUUAAAUCUCAGCUCCAGCCUUCAUUCACUCAUGAGCGAAAAUAUUGGCGGGGGUAUUUUUCUGCGAGCAAAUGUAUCUAAAAAUAGCAAAUUAUGAUGGUCACUCCAGUAGGGUGGUAAAUCAAACCUAAAAACAGAAAUAAUAUUGGUGAACUGAGAUGACAAAUGGGGAAGGUCAAUCUACUGCCUAGGGUAUGACCUGAUUUAUGCCUUAUGACCUUGCAGUCGACAUAUUUAAACUGACACUCCUGGCAGACUUAAAACUAGUUUGUACACUCUCAACCCCAUCCAUCCAUUUUUUGGAGCCUAUACAAGCUAACUGUGAGAGGUGGGGUAAUCACACUCACAUUCAUACAAUUUAGUCUUCAACGGACCUAAUGCAUGUUUUUGGAAUCUGGAAGGAAGCCGGAGUACCUGGAGAAAUCCCACACAAACGCAGAGGUAACAUGCAAACGUCACACAGGAAAGCCCGAGUCGGGAGCUGAACCCAAAACUUCAGCAAUCUGAGGCAGACGUGUUAACCACAAGAUCGCCGUGCUGCCUCCCGCAAUUUAUUAGCAGUAAAUGCGAUGGUCGUAGAAAAGUGAGCAACAUUUACAUACAUUUUAAAGGGGGGGAACGAUCAUUCUGUCCAUCCUACAUGGGUCAAUUUUGAUGCAGUCCUCAACUUCAUCGUCAUAAAUCAAAGUGAAAUGUGAUAGUUGGCAAAGGUACUCACACUCUGUGCUUUAUCUCAAUAGAGUUACAGAUCUGCAAAGGUCGAUAAGUUGUCAAUGUUCAAGUUUGACAAAGCCCAGCUGUCUUCCUUCAAAUGUAGGAAAUAAAAGUGAAGUCACAAAAAAUAUAGUAAAAUAUAGAUACCUGAAAAAUCCACUUAAGUACAAACUACAAAUAAUUAUUUAAAGGCAACUUUCAAGCCACUCAAGGUCACCGUACAAACACGAUUUUUUUUUUUUUAAGUUUGCAAUAACAAUAACAGCAUAAACCAAUUAAAAUGGCAAAUGUUAAAGUGAGUAGGCAGUUCGGAAUAGUGGAAAGUUUUUUUAUUUAUUUUUAUUUUUUUUUACACUGUACAUGAAUAAGCUAUGUAAUUGCUUAUCUCCUCAGUGUUGCACUGUGAAAUGUCAUUGACUGAAAUGAACUUACAAAGUACACUCAGGUACUUGUAAUUAUGUAUUAUGCAGAGAUUCUCAAAAAUGUGGUGUGUGUGUACUGUUAACAGUACAUGUGGUUCCUCUAGUGCUACGUGCUAAAGAAACGCUGCCAACGUACAAUUCAGUUGUAUUUAACUUUUAAGCACAAUACUUUUGCAUUUAAUAACACCUGUUUGUUUUGAAACUCUAAUUUCAAUACAAGUUUUAUUUUUUUUAUAUGCAGUACAUUUUAAAUGAAUUUAAGCGCCAACACUGCCUAAUGUUACAUUG